GUCUGGAGUCAGCCAAUGCGCUCUAAAGCCUCUCCUCUUCCCUCCUCUAUGCUCCAUUCUCUGAAACCAUCUCUAGAUAAGGUGUGUCACAACAGUUACUAUUGUUGGGCCCGCUCCAUACAGAGACGGCUCAUUGCCACCAUGAAGACCUGGUUGAUCCUCCUAUGCCUGGCCACUACUGGGAUACCAAGUUUUUCGUGGGAGGUGGCAGAUGGCAAACUAAGAGUAGCUGGGACUCCAUCUCUCCCUCAAGAUCCUGGGAGAACAAAUGCCAACACCAAGGACGAAGCAGGAAUUUGGAAUUUCUUUAAGAGAGCUUGGGGGGAAUUCCUGGACUUCGUUAAGGGCGAGGAAGAUGACCAAACAAGAGUGGCUGGAACUCCUCUUCCUUUUGAAGGCACUAGGAGAAUGGAAAGAUCUCACUCAGAUCCAGACACCUGGAAGCUUCACAAGCCCAAACUGCACUUCUCUAUGAGAACUUCGGAUAAGGAGAAUGAAGUUGAUGAUGAGAGUAUAAAUCCGAAACAGGAAGCAACUCCUCUGAGUGAUACAUCUAAUGAAAUAAAAGGAGAGGCUGCCACUCCUGCUUAUACACAGAACACUGAUGAUGAGUACUUCUUUGAACUCCCAAAAUGUGUAAAUGCAACAGAAAUGGCUGUGAGAGCACCAACCACAGCAGAACCUGUCACAACCCCCACAACAGCAGUGCCUACCACUUGCCCACCCCAGAAGUGCCCUCCACUGCGCAUUAACCCCUGGGCCGCAUGCACUAAUUCUACUCCAGAGGACAACACCAAGUUGGCAGAAGCGCUGACUGAAUUUACAGUGCGGUUCUACAAAACUGCAACCCGACACAAGAGUAGAGACUCUAAUUUUGUCUUCUCACCCCUCAGCAUCUCAACCAUGCUCUCCAACCUCUUGCUAGGAACCUGCGAUGAAACCAAAGACCGCCUUGAGAAGCUGCUCUCCUAUCCUAAAGAAUUCACAUGUGUCCAUAAAGCUCUAAAAGCCUUCAGUAAAUCAGAGGCCUUGACAUCAGCCAAUGCGAUUUUUUAUCAGCCAGCAUUGAAGCUGGAGAGUGAUUUCCGCAACUUAUCAAAGGCAUACUAUCAGACAGAACUAUUGCCCCUUACAAACAACAGUAAUCAGGCUGUGUUUGAUAUCAACGCAUGGGUGAACAGACAUACUGGUGGAAAGAUCAAGAAACUGCUAGAUGACCUGGAUUCAGAUGCCCAGAUGGUGCUUCUCAACGCUGUCUAUUUCCACUCAAAAUGGAAGAAUGUAUUUAAAUUGGAAAAUACAAAACGGGAAUAUUUUUACCGUGCAAACCUCCCUCGCAUCAAAGUGCCCAUGAUGAUGAGCAAGAAAUACCCUGUGGCUUCCUACAUGGACCACUACCUGGGGGCAAAGGUUGGCCGGUUCCAAAUGUCUCAUGGCAUGAGUCUGGUGAUCAUCGUGCCUCGGGCCUUGUCGCAGAAUCUCUCUGAGGUAGAGGAUAAGCUCAGUGGCCCUGUCUUCCAGUCCAUGAUGGCCAAACUGGAGACCAUCCCUUUCAAACCCACUAUAGUAUCUCUCCCGAAGUUCAAGGUGGAUUCCUCCCAGGACCUCAUGGAAAUCAUUGGGGCAAUGGACUAUGGCUUUUUCUUUGAUGCCAAUCUGUGUGGGAUCUCUCGGGAGGAAGAGGUGGCCGUGUCUGGAGCCCAGCACAGGGCUGUGAUACAGAUCAGUGAGGAAGGCGUGGAGGCCGCUGCUGCCACUCAGGUCUCCUUGGCCCGCUCGGCCAAUUUCUUCGAAGUGCAGCAGCCCUUCUUGUUUUCAUUGUGGAAGGACAAAACAGCUCCCCUCUUCCUGGGACGCAUUAGUGAUCCACAGUCACAAUAAAUUUCUCCUUACUCCUGUCACCUCCCAUUAGUAAGGUGAGGACAAUGCCCCUACAGUUGCCCUAGGCCACACCUGCACUCUAUAAGCAUGAAGAUUUGUGCUGGGAUGAGAGCAUGGAACCUGCUUUUUCCAUCCCUUGUUUAGCUCAUGCCAUCCCAUUGUUUCUUGUUUAAAUCCUCAUGGUUUCCUCUCUGUCCUUUAUAAACCCUCAGGCACCCAGGAUGGGACACUUUAAUCCCUCAGAGUCAUGUUUUGUUGCAAAAUUCACACAGAACAGGAGCUGCAGUGUAGCCACUUGCCAGUCAUUCAUCCAUUUUCUUUUAUGUCUUGCCUUUGUCCACAUGAAAGGACUCAAGGUGGCGUACAAAGGGCUUGGAAAGGGGUUUAUAAACAAACAGGCAGCCAAUAUAACAACCAAAAAGGGGAGACCCAACAAAUCUGUUGGCUUUUGCCACCUGCAUCGAUGGUUUUUCUUUCGGUCCCAGCCUUUGUAACGUAUUGGGACAAAAAUAUCCCAUACCAUGUUGUGGCUCCCCUUGAUGGUGUGAACCUGAAAUGGUAUGCUCUGCUUGUCAGUAGGCUGGCCUCAUCCAGAGGAAAUGGACAUAUUUCAGAUUGUGAGGAGAGAGAUAGUGGAAUUCUCAUUCUAUUUAGGAAACAUGGCAUGCUGCUAGAACUGUAUGUUAACUUCUGACCUCAGUCUGCAAUAUCCUGGCAUUCUUGUUGGGAGGGAGGGAAACCAACAACUCACAAGCAAAAGUAAAUGAAGGGCAAGUGCGGUUUCCUUUCCUGUGCCAUUUUCCUAGGAUAUCUUUUUUUUUCCUUUGCAUCUGUAAGCUAGAAGAAAUCUGCCUGUUCUACUUUAUAACAUGCCUGACAUAGUUUAAAAUGAAACAUUAGGGUCCCAUUUGCCAAGGCCUUCGCUUUAUUUUCCCAUGCUACAAUUAAAACCAUUCAUCCAGCCUCUUUCAUUCCCUUCUGCUUUCAUAACAAAUAAAAAUACGAGUAUAUUGGCUUCGUGAACUAUUAUUGCCUUCUGUGGAAUGGAAGAAAUGUGGGGUAAAAGAAAGUUUUGACAAAUAGAGUGGCCCCAUUAUUAUUUUUUAAUCAUGUAGACCUGGUGCCACAGAUAGUGGGUGAGCUGGGCAGGAAGGCCAACAAGCUACCAGUCACGAUGGGUAUGGCCAAGGAGAACAUUGCAAGUUGUGCUCGUGUUAUUUUGAAAAUCAGAAUUGUAAGCCUCGUUCCACAAAUAGUGUUUGGGAGGGAGGUUGUCUGGACCAAAAAGGCCAGCGCUUUCUCCAUUUGCAUGUUUGUACAAAUAUAGAUCUCAUCAAGUAAACCCUUAAUACAAGGUCUCAUGUUUUUAGC